ACAUUUCACCAAGCCUCCACCUCUCAUGCUGUAUGUUCAGUGAAGGAGCACGUAAACAUUACUCUCUCCGACUGCACAAUGUAUGACUGCAUUGUACUAGGGGCUGGAAUCCAGGGAUCUUUCACGGCCUACCAUCUAGCUAAAAGCGGGAAGAAGACUCUGCUGUUAGAACAGUUUCCCCUGCCUCAUACCAGAGGAAGCUCUCAUGGACAAACGCGAAUCAUCCGCAAAGCCUACCCAGAAGAUUUCUACACUAACAUGAUGCAGGAGAGCUAUCGGCUGUGGGCAGAAUUAGAGAAAGAAUCAGGAACCAAAUUAUACAGGAAUACAGGACUCGUAGUCUGGGGACCAGCUGGCAAUCACGAGUUAGAGAAAAUAUGUAAGAACCUGGCACAGUACCAGAUCCCAUGGGAACAUCUGAGCCAGGAGGCAAUGAAACAGAAGUACCCUGGAAUUUCUCUGAAGCCUGGUGAAGUGGCCUGUUUGGACACUAGUGGUGGAGUUCUGUACGCUGACAAGGCACUCAAAGCAGUUCAGGAGUGUUUCUUGCGCAUGGGUGGCACCAUUCAUGAUAAUGAGAAGGUGACACAUAUAGAACCAGGACCAAUGGUUACGGUGACAACCACCACCACUUCAUAUUCAGCAGAGAAACUGGUGAUCACAGCAGGACCUUGGGCCCAGAAGGUCCUUAGUCCUCUCGGUCUUCAACUCCCCUUAAAGACUCUGCGAAUCAAUGUAUGUUAUUGGAAAGAAAAAAAUCCUGGGAGAUCUGAUAUCCUGGCAAGCUCCCCGUGUUUCUUGGCUGCUGUGAGUGGUGAAGAGCAUGAAAUAUAUGGACUACCAUCCCAGGAGUAUCCAGGGCUCAUUAAGGUUUGCCUCCACGGUGGAAAUGAGGCAGAAGUAGAAGAACGAGAUCUAGUGGUAGAAGAUCCAAAAGUUAAGGAUAUCUCAAUUCUCUGCAGAUUCAUUAGCAACUAUCUCCCAGACUUACACCCUGCGCCUGCUGUCAUUGAGCAAUGCAUGUAUACGGUCACCCCAGACCAAAAUGCUAUAUUAGAUCACCAUCCACUGCACAAAAAUAUCACCAUUGGAGCGGGAUUUUCAGGUCAUGGCUUCAAGCUAUCUCCUUUGGUUGGAAAGAUCUUGAGUGAGCUCUGCACUGGGGCACCUCCAUCCUACGAUCUUAAACCAUUUCAAAUCACUCGCUUCAAAUAACUUUCCUUUAACCAAUAGAAAGAAUUCAUGUCUGUGUGUUAUCGUGGCCGAUCAGUCAUUGUGAAGAUGUUUAGAAUUUUGAAUCUGCAUUAAAUAGAAUGUUUGUCAGGAUAUAUCUAAUUUCACAUUGUGAUCAGUUGCUUAUUUUAUUGUAGAAUGGAAGACGGCCAGAUUAGGCAGGAAGUUAUUUGGAUUACAUAAAAGAGAUCAAGGGGAAAACAAAAACAAGAACAAGGUUGACAAAGAUUAGGUUGAGUUGGGGAAACAAGACUUGUAGAGAGGUAAUGAGGACAAAAAGAAAAAGGAAAGCAGGGAACAAUGAUCUGAGUAAAAAAGGUGGUAGAGUUUGAUGGCGGCAAGGAAAAAAAAUGUGGACAAAAAGAUGGGAAGAAUCAGUAAAGGAAGACUUUGGGAAAAGGCGUUAGAAAAGGAGACAAAUGUAGGAAAAACUGGCAACAGAGCGAUAUAAAACUAUAUAGAGAAAAAAACUAAUAGAGAAAGGGUGACAAGAUACACAAUGCUUAUAUGUAAUCCGAACAUUUUAUAUAUGGUAGAUACUGUGAUGAUGAUUUAACAUAUCACAUAGUAAUAGUAAUAAUUGUAAUAGUAAUAAUAGUAAUAGAUAGUAAUAUCUGGACUGUGUAAACCUCAUUAAGUGACCACAGGAAAGCAUACAGUUAAAGAGAGUAUAUUAAAACAGUUUAUGGAGUAAGUUUUGUAGUUAUGUCCCAUGUUAUGUUUAGUGUAGGCUCCACCAAUACUGUAAUACUAUGAUGCAGUGGUGAGCUUAAAAACAAUAUAGAUAUGAUUAUGCUUAAGUCAAGUGAGUGUAAGUAGACUUGAAAGAUUUCAUACUUUAUUAUAAUUUAGUCACACAUUAUUUUUGUGUGUGUGCAUUUCCUUAACCCCUUAAGGACCAAACUUCUUUAAUAAAAGGGAAUUGUGACAUGUCACACAUGUCAUGUGUCCUUAAGGGGAGGGACACUAUAGGCACCCAGACUAUUUCAUCUUAUUGAAGUGUCCCUGUGUGUCCCUGUCCCCCUUAGUCCUGCAAUGCACUGUUUACAUGGCAGUACUAAGACUGCCUUUUGUGGCUGUCUACCCGAGGAGGAUGUGCAGCAUCAGAUAAAAACCGAUAUGAAAGCAUAAGGAUCCCAUCGGAUAUUGGCACUGGAAUCGGGUAUGUGAAUAAAGGGUUUGUUUUUUUAACUCUUUAUGUGCCAGGAGACCCGUGAGGGGGGGUGCAUGGGGCACAACUACAACUAUAAGUUUUGUUUUAAAUGGUCACACAUGAUCCCAAAGCACUUUAGAUUGCUGAAAUCUUUUAUGUGUGAAGAGUGUGUUCUCUCUUUUCAUUUUACAAAGGUGAAGAUUUAAUCAGAAAUGCCCCCCUCCCCCUACCCCUCCCCAGACCUUCAAUUAGAAAACCAGUCCUGUUACUUCUUGAUUUUAGCUCAGUAAAGCUAAAUUCAACAGCUUUGCAAAGACUUCUCAUUGAGCUGCAUAAAGGAAGACUGUGAUUGGACAUCCAAAGAAAGUCUAGGUCGGGGAUGGGUUACAAAGGAGAACUGCAGCUUUUGCGAGCUGUUUUUAGAUAUAUGCCAAUGGAAAAAUGCAUAAUUGGAUGCAUACAUGUUUUAAUUUAGGGCAUGUAUUCUAAACAGUGAUUUUUAUUUUUUCCUAUUUGGGCAGUGAAGU